AUGACCCUAACCUUAACUAAUUUUGGCAUUUUGGACGUGGAAGAUGGAGAGCUUCUAGCCAUUCAUCAAGUGUUCGGUCAUUCUCAAGUGGUUGGUGAGGCACACUACUCUCUGCAGACUACCAAUGCGCUUACUCAAAUAUCCCACACUGCGGUGAUGUCGAUACAAAGGGUCAGCAAGCAUUGGCACACUACAAUUGGCCAACACGAGAACUGUACCAAACUAGAAAGUCAGCAAUCAACAGGUGACACUCAUGCGCAAUUAUAUGACCGCCUUCUGGGACCUCUCAAAACCACUGUCUAUAAUGCUGCGCACCAGGCCAUCAUGUCAAUGGGUGUUGAAAUCAUAGACAAACUCAGAAACGUUGCAACUGGAAUGGGCAACGGCAUUCUCAGAGAGCUCCAGGACAUGUUUGGCCAUUAUGUCGGCGUCAACCAUGCUGCUUCCAUUGGUGUAUCUAAAAUGAUAUCAUCGCCCCACCUCGCUGUUGACCCCAAACUCUUAGACACUUUAUGGCCACUUUUUCUCAGAAAUCCCAACCCUUCAUUCACCUCUUCAUACCAGGCAGAGCCCAUGCAGAGCUGCUUAACCAAUGAGCAUGUUCUAUGUGUCAUGCCCACUGGCAGUGGCAAGAGUCUAGCAUUUUUUGCAGCUCCCUUGAUUCACCCUCGCGCACUCUUCAUAGUCAUAACACCCCUCGUGGCAUUGACAGAGGAUAUGGCACAAUGGUUGGCCACUACACAUAUUGAGGGAGGCCAGUAUCCCCACAUCCAGAACAUCUUAACGGCUCAGAUCAUGAUUGUAUCUGCACAUCAGGCAGGGACAGAUGACUUCUUUUGUUGA